AUGUCCCUCAUUUCUGCCCAUCUGGAGCAGAUUGGCUACUCGUGCCAGGGCAUCGACUCCCUCCCCUUUCCUCGACCCAAAAUCUUCACCAACGCUCUCCUCUCCAACCACGACAUCACCUCCCUCAUCCGCGACACCGAACCCCACGAGCGCGCCCUCUUCUCCGUGCCCCCGCCUCCCCCGCCCUCGACAGCCCUCAAGCCCACAGAGCCUGAAAAGACAAAGUCGACAGGGAGGCGACAGACUGUUUUCAACGUGGCCUCGGGAGAAGUGACUACGGGUCCUCCUCAGCGAGCCGGCGCAGGCCAUCCUCGACGUCAGACAGCUGUGGCGGCCGUGUUGGGUGGGCAGAUGCAUGAGGAGUUGCGUCGCGGUGAGAUGGAUCGCAAGGGAGAUGUAGAUGUCAAUGUUCUUCUUCGAGGUGCAGAGAAGCUCUGCGGCGUGUACGAGCUACCAGGCGCAAGGGAACGCAUCGCCGCGUUGAGAAGCAAACAUGCCCACGGCAAGAAUACGAUGGCAUACUACGAGGCGCGAGUAGCCGAGCAAGCUGAGAAACUGGCGACGCUGGAUCACCGGGACUGGCUCGGUGAUGCGGAUGAGGAAGAGGAGGAGGAAGAGGGUGAGGUGUGGACGGAGGAGGAUCUUAGACGGGAGGAGGAGGAGGCGAGACAGAUGGAGGUUAAGAAGAGGGAGCUGCAGGUGAGGUUGAGGCAGAUGGAGAAGGAUCUGGGCGGGUUGAUGAGGAUGUGA